AUGUUAGUAUUAUCAUUGUUGGUUUACUAAAAUUGGCUGCAUAUUGUGUUUUUAUGGGGAAAAAAAAACUUAUUCUCCAUUUUGGAAUUUUGUCAAUGCGUUCCUCCUCUUGUGAGUUACUGGAACCGUCGGAUUAUGCACCUGGCACACAAAAGAAUGUAUCUGGUGGUGAAGUUAUUAGGUGGAAUAAUGUCUCUGGUCCUGAGAGAAUAGAUGCUGAAAUUUACAUUGAGUUUCUAGAAGCAAAGAUUGAGGAACUAAAUCGUCAAGUUGGUAGAAAAACUGCAAAUGGACAAAAUGAGCUAUUGGAAUAUCUCAAGUCUCUCGAGCCACAAAAUCUGAAGUUGGCACUUGACAGCAGACUCAAGUUUUUCUGCUUCCCUGAAUGUCCUUCAUUAACUGUGGUGGGAGCUUCUGGUAAGACAAGUGUAACAGAGACUAGUGCCUCAGAACUUGCCAAGCUUCUUUACUGGCUGAUGGUGGUUGGAUACAGCAUUCGUGGUAUUGAAGUCCGAUUUGACAUGGGAAGAGCACUUGGAACUCCUCCAAAGCUUGCAGAGUUGCCUCCAGGGGAAAAUAUUUAGACAUUUUGCGUAAAAAUGGAGGAUAUAGCCAAGUUGGAGCAUAUGGAUCUGAAUGCCUCCUAAUGCAUUAAGUUUGUGGCUCGUGGGAGGAAAGGGCUAAUAUUUGAUAAUGUACAGACAGGAUAUUAACAAUUUUGAAACCUUUUAUUGGUAAUUUUGACAUGAAUCAAUCAUGCACACAUGG